AUGAAUUCAACCCCUCAAGUCCAGCUCUCUGGUGGAGAGAACCCGCAGACCCCGGCCGAUACUGAGAUGACCCCGGCACCUAGCGCUGGAAAUGAACAGACAGAACAAACACAAGAUGGUGCCUUACCCGAUACGCAACCAGCAGAGACAGACUCACAGCCAGCUCAAGAGCCACGACCAGCAGUCUUUCACUUCGUAGAUUUACUGACAUCACCGAUUGUGGAACUUAUCGUCGGGACAGGCGACCAGAAGACGGCCAUGACUGCUCACCAAAGUCUGCUCCUGGAAUCGCCCCUGUUAGCCGAACAAGUCAAGGUAUUCGGUGAUGGUCCUCGCCGGAUCGAACUCCCCGAAGACGACGUAGAGGCGUUUGGGUACUUCUUGCAGUACCAAUAUACUCGCGACUACUCCCCUUCGCAAACAGACGCUCCCGAGGGUGCCGACGACAGCGGCGAGCAGCUCCUCAAACACGCGCGCGUAUACACCCUAGCAGGGAAGCUGAGCAUCCCUGCGCUCAAGUCGCUCGCUCACUCCAAGAUCCAUAGCAUCAACAGCACAUCCCGUGGCGAGCUGGCGUACGCUCGCUACGUCUAUGCCAACACAGCUGAUGACGAUGUUACAAUCCGCAAACCCGUGUCCAACUUCUGGGGUAUGCGCAGCCACGUCCUGCGCCACGAGGCGGAAGAGGACUUCAAGAAGCUGUGUCUCGACGUUCCGCAAUUCUGCUUUGAUGUCCUCAGUGUUGUGCUGGACCAGAGGGAGAAGCGCGCCGCUGAUCGCGCCGAAGUAGAAUCUGGAAUCAAGGGAAGUGGAAGGAAGCGACUUCGCAGUGGGCUGUAA